AUGCGACUCAUCAAUACCACAACCCUUGAGGUUGAAGAGUUCUUUGAUGUCAAUAUUCCCGAGUAUGCUAUCCUGUCACAUACCUGGGGUGACGGCGAAGUCUCACUGCAGGACUGGGCCGACCGUAAAAACCGCCGCUUCAAGCCCGGUUUCCAGAAGAUCAUAUGGGCUUGCACCCAGGCUGCCAAGGAUCAACUCGACUACGUCUGGGUGGACACCAACUGCAUCGAUAAGAGCAGUUCGGCAGAACUAUCCGAGACCAUCAACUCCAUGUUCAAGUGGUACCGGAGGUCUGCUCUAUGCUACGUAUACUUACAGGACGUUCCGGCCAUGAGUUUGGACGAAUGCAUUAAGCCAGACAGUGCCUUUAGGGGGGCGAGAUGGUUCACUAGAGGCUGGACUCUUCAGGAACUAAUUGCACCGCCGAAUCUCAUUUUCUUCUCCAACGACUGGACCAUGAUAGCUACAAAGUCUGAACUGGCGCCUUGCAUCACCGAGAUUACAGGAAUCCCAUGGUCGUGCCUACUCAAAGGCAGGCUUUCCAAAUUGCACCCACUGCGGAGAUACAGCGUUGCCCAGCGGAUGUCUUGGGCAUCUCUCCGCUCGACGACGCGUAUAGAAGACCGAGCCUACUCUCUCCUCGGGCUUUUUGACAUCACUAUGCCGCUCGUAUACGGAGAGGGCCACGAGGCCUUCACCAGGCUUCUUGGAGAGAUCAUCCAUAGAUACGCCGACCAUAGCUUCUUCGCCUCUCAGCUGCAAUAUGUUGACUUUCUCCCCCGCUCGCCUAUGGAGUUCUGCAAUUCGAAGUCGGUGGUCGUCAGCAGCUCGUCGCACCUACAGAAGCACUACGUGCCCGAAGAUUACUCACAUCCGUUUCAUCUGACCAACACCGGAUUGCAGAUAGCUCUGCCCAUCGUGCCCACCUUGGUUCCUCACUUUGUCUUUGGUGUACUUGAUUGUUGGGACAUCGAGACUGCCAGCACCCACGCAACGCGUCAUGUAUCACGAAUAUGGAUACCGCUGCUUCAGAAGGGUUCUGGUGAAUUGCAGCAGUAUCUGCGAUUGCUUUGGCCUCAAACUUUCUUCCCUGUGAAGUUGGCUAGGAAGGACAGUAUAAUGGAGGCGACGUACCAAAAUAGGAACAACACAGCAGGAUCAAUUUCUUAUCCGCCAGAGCAUUCCCUUUUUGAGGGAGAACAAUAUACAACACCUGCUUCAGCCCCCGUUUCAAGUCAUAUCGAUUUAGUAUCAACGGACUUGCAAAGGACCAUUCUCGUCAAGAAGCCAUAUGCGACGAUUUUAUCUGUUCCCAUGUGGCAGCCUCGUGAAGCGAAAAGUCCGUUUCUACUUUGCUUUCCUCGAGGAACAGCAGACUACCGUCUCUACGGUAUAUUCCCAAGCGAUGAUGCGUCUGAAGUUCCCUGGUCAGCAGAAAGGCCGCCUUUACUACCAUUAGUGAUGCCACGCCGAAUUCAGAGCAUUAGCAAUGAGGCGGAUGCUAGCGAGAUAUCUGGAACGAAUCUAACACAGCAUAGAGACCUGUACGGUGUAGUGGUCGUCUUCAAGAAACGAAGGUCACGACCUGCGGUGUUUGUCGCUAUAUGCUUAGCCAAUAUUAGACAGGUAGACAGUGGUGACAAACGGAGCACGACGGUCACACCCUGCUGCAAGAUUAUCCCUGACUGGUCGCCGUCGAAGGCCGAACAUGUGCAAGUUAUCGACUUUACGGCCUCCUUCAAUGAUCAUGUUGCUGGCGAGACGUUGGUCACCGUACAGAAAGUAGCUAGCAAUCCCAGGACAUCGGCCAAAGGCUCUGAGCCCCGGUUUGUUGGGCUAACCCAGGUGGUUUUCGAUAGAACGCAGAUGAUGGACGAGCUGCAUCUGCUGCCAAAUAAAGCUUCAAAGGCAUCGAUGGGUAUACUGCAGCACUAUGGUCUAGAGUAUUCCGGGGAAGAUGUAGACGACCUCAUAUAG